AAAAUCGAAGCAAACAACUCGUCUGGCGUCUCCGACCCCCAGUCCGUCGAAUCGUGGAAUCGAAUCCCGCACGCCCAAGCGCUCUCUCUGCUAUGCUCGCUUCUCCUCCGUUUCAAAUUUCUUCUCCUCCCUAAAACCCUACCCGGCGUCCCCCAAUCGUCGGCGGCAGAUCCAGCGAAAUCAUCCGCCGGAAGUGCGCUGCGGCGGCGAGAGCAGGAAGAGGAGGCAGGGUUCGGCGUGGAGAGGGUCCACGCGGCGGCAUGGAGGCGCAGGCCACGGCGACGGUGAAGGAGGCGCUCGCGGCACUGUACCACCACCCCGACGACACCAUCCGCACCGCCGCCGACCGCUGGCUGCAGAAGUUCCAGCACACACUCGACGCGUGGCAGGUAGCUGACAGCUUACUUCAUGAUGAAAGCAGUAACUUAGAGACUCUCAUGUUCUGUUCUCAGACCCUCAGAAGCAAGGUGCAAAGAGACUUUGAAGAGUUGCCCUCGGAAGCUUUUCGACCAUUGCAAGAUUCUCUUUAUAAAUUGCUGAAGAAAUUUAAUAAAGGACCGCCAAAAGUUAGAACACAGAUUUGCAUUGCAAUUGCUGCUCUGGCUGUGCAUGUUCCUGUGGAGGACUGGGGAGGUGGUGGAAUUGUGAAUUGGCUAGGUGAUGAGAUGAAAUCUCAACAAGAGUUCAUCCCAAGCUUCCUUGAACUGCUUAUUAUUUUGCCACAGGAAACUUCUAGUUAUAAAAUAGCUGUUCGUCCUGAAAGGCGCAGGCAAUUCGAGAAUGACCUUUGUUCAUCAGCUGAUGUUGCUCUUAGUCUAUUGACUGCCUGCUUGGGUUUGGAUGAGCUAAAAGAACAGGUUUUGGAGGGUUUUGCUUCUUGGCUUCGUUUCUGUCAUGGAGUCUCCGCAUCUACCCUUGCUUCACAUCCUUUGGUUCAUACGUCACUCUCUUCGUUGAACACUGAUCAGUUUCUGGAGGCAGCUGUAAAUGUUACCUCUGAGUUGAUACAUUUUACUGUAUCUCGAGAUUCUAGUGGCAUCACUGAACAGUUUCCGCUGAUUCAAAUUCUCAUCCCUCAUGUGAUGGGUCUCAAAGAGCAUCUGAAAGAUUCUUCUAAGGAUGAAGAAGACGUAAAAGCUAUCGCUCGUUUGUUUGCAGACAUGGGUGAUUCUUAUGUCGACUUGAUUGCAACAGGUGAUGCCAUGGAAAUAGUGAAUGCACUACUAGAGGUUACUUCUCAUUCAGAAUUUGACAUCUCCUCCAUGACGUUUAAUUUCUGGCACCAUCUUAAACGUAACCUGACUGGGAGGGACUCAUAUGCAUCGUGUGGAUCUGAGAUGUCAAUUGAAGCUGAGAGAAACAGAAGGAUGCAAAUAUUCCGUCCUCCGUUUGAAAUUCUUGUGUCUCUGGUCAGUUCCCGAGUUGAAUAUCCUGAGGACUACCACACUUUUUCAGAGGAAGACCGGAGGGAUUUCAGACAUGCUAGAUAUGCGGUUAGUGACGUGCUAAUUGAUGCAACUGAUGUUCUUGGAGGUGACUCAACACUAAAAAUACUAUUCAUGAAGCUAAUUCAAGCAUGUGGAAGCUGCGCCGAACAGAAUCAGAAUUGGCAACCUGUAGAGGCUGCUCUGUUCUGUAUACAAGCCAUUGCUAAAUCAGUCUCGGUUGAAGAGAAGGAAAUAUUACCACAGGUUAUGCCAUUGCUUCCCAGGUUACCUCAUCAAGAACUACUGCUACAGACAGUUUGUUCAACUAUUGGAGCAUUUUCAAAAUGGAUUGACGCUGCACCAGCUGAACUGCCGAUCCUACCACCUUUAGUUGAUAUUCUCAACAAGGGUAUGAGCACAUCAGAGGAUACAGCUGCAGCUGCUUCUAUGGCAUUUAAGUAUAUAUGUGAAGACUGUAGGGGAAAGUUCUCGGGUUCAUUGGAUGGUCUUUUCCAGAUUUAUCAUAUUGCAAUAAGUGGAGUUGGUGGUUAUAAAGUUUCUUCGGAAGACUCAUUGCAUUUGGUUGAAGCCUUAAGUGUUGUUAUCACGACGCUUCCGCCAGACCAUGCUAGAAGAGCCCUGGAGUUAAUCUGCAUGCCAGUGAUUAAUAGCUUGCAGGAAAUAAUCCAGCAAGGUGAAAACACUCUUCAACAAGUCCCUGCUCGGCAAUUAACCGUUCACAUAGACCGGUUAUCGUGCAUUUUUAGCAAUGUGAAACUUCCAGAAGUAGUUGCUGAAGCUGUGAAUAGAUAUUGGCCCACAUUGAAAGUCAUCUUUGAUCAUCGGGCAUGGGAUACACGGACCAUGGAAUCUCUCUGCCGAUCUUGCAAAUUUGCUGUAAGGACAUGUGGGAGGUUCAUGGGAAUCACCAUCGGUGAAAUGCUUCUAGAAAUCCAAACACUAUAUCAGCAACACAAUCAGUCUUGCUUCCUGUACUUAUCCAGUGAAGUUAUCAAGAUAUUUGGAUCUGAUCCAUCUUGUGCGAGCUAUCUUGCAAGUCUGAUACAGACACUCUUCAACCAUACGAUACAGCUUCUCAGAACAAUUCAAGAUUUUACAGCUAGACCAGACAUAGCUGAUGAUUGUUUUCUGCUUGCGUCAAGAUGUAUUCGUUACUGUCCUGAUCUAUUUGUACCUACAGAGUUGUUUCCAAGAUUGGUUGACUGUGCAAUGACUGGUAUAACUAUACAACACAGGGAGGCCUGCAAAUCCAUACUAUGUUUUCUAUCUGACACCUUUGAUCUUGCGAAAUCGCCUGAGGGAGAAAAGUACCGAGAACUAAUAAACACAAUUGUACUUCAGCGUGGUGCAACCCUUACAAGAAUUAUGAUUGCUUCCUUAACAGGGGCGCUGCCAUCUGGUCGCUUGGAGGAGGUCUCUUAUGUUCUGCUGUCCCUUAGCAGAGCUUUUGGUGGCAAUAUGUUGAAUUGGACAAGAGAUUGCAUUGCCCUUAUACCCCCCCAAGCCCUAACAGAUUCAGAACGCUCAAGAUUCUUGACAAUUAUAUCUGAUGCAUCAUCAGGAUCUAGUCUUGGUUCCUUGACUGAUCGAUUUGCGGAAAUCUCAGAGGUUUGUAGACGGAAUAAAACGGUGCAGGAAAUUGUUCAAGGUGCUUUGCAGCCUCAUGACUUGACCUUCACGGUUGUUCCGCGGCAUUCGUGAUGACUGGACAUUUUUAUAAGACCAGUUGAAAACCCGUGAUGGAGUGAGUAUUGGUGCAUGUAUCCACGUCAUCUUGGAUUUUUCCCUUUCAUACAGGUUUGAGUUGCGGCGUCAUACUGUUCAGAUUUCUUGAGAGGAUAGAUAGCUAGGUCAGCCAGUAGUCAUUGCGAUUCAUUUCGUGUUUCAGUCUUUGUACAUGUGUUAGUGCAUUUAUGUAUGUGGGAGGAAAAUCGUGUUGUAUUAUCUCAAAAUACAGUUGUAUACAUACUCAGCUGGGUGAUCACGCUGAUUGUGAUCUGCCUUGGUCUUGAAUUUUGUAAUGAUUGACCAUCUUAAGUUUGUAAAUUGAGAUGGUCAAUUCUUUCUAUGUAAACAUCUGCCGAAUAUUUGAUGGUGUCCUUGAUGUCA